AAAGGUAUAAAAAUUAAGUGGAAGAAGCUAACUUCCAAAACGAUCGAAAAAUCCCAACAGUUUCUGGCUUUGAACAACUCAGAAACUUUGAAACAUGUCUUCUUGUUCAUCAUCUUCUUUUUCUCUGCUUAAACCUCUAACCUUUCCUUCAACUCCAUGCCCCUCUCCUGCCCUUCUAUUUCACAAUAAUCCCAAUAACAUCCCCUUCAAAACCACUUCCAAUCACUCCAAAACUCUCCACCUCUCAAAGCGUCUAACCAUUCCAUUUGCUCUUACUGAAUCCGACUCUCCCAAGUCCCUUCAACCCGACCUUCAAACCCUUCUCCUGCAACUUGCUGAUAGCUUUGAUCUUCCAACGGAUUACUUUUCCCAGUUACCGAACGAUCUUCGUUUAGACUUGAAUGAUGCUGCUUUCGAUCUUUCAAAUGGACCUGUGAUCGAUGAGUGUGGUAUGGAGUUGGGAGAAACAUUAUUAAAUCUCUCAAGAGCUUGGGAGUCAGCUGAUACAUCAACUUCGUAUGCAUUAGCAAGCAAGCUCCCGUUGCUUGCCAACUCUUUGACUGACAGCGCAAAAUUAGCAUUUGGAAGGCGCUUGGUAGCUGCUGGAAGAAGGUUCCAGGCUAUGGGACAGUAUGGUCAAGGCGAACUUCAAAAGAUAGCAAAAGCAGUGAAUGCAGCUGGAAAACUUCUGUCUGCAAGUUCAAUAUCUGCAACAACUGAAGAACAACCAAAAACGGAAACUAGAAUGUUUAAGUUUGGAGAACUUCAGGUUGAGGUAACAUCGGAGAAAGCUAACAUUGGAGCUGCAAUAGGUUUCGUUUUCGGGAUUCUUUCAUGGCAAAUAGCUCAGGGCAUCCAAAGCAUUCCGGAGAGUUCAUUGGAAUAUGCAAAUGACAAUGCUCUGCUUCUAGCUAAGUCAUUAAGAGGAGCACUACUUGCAGUUUUCUAUUCAUCCACAAUCUUGUCCGUUUUCACCACCAUUGGACUUCUCUUACUUGGAAGACAACUAAAGUCUGAGGGAAAGUAACCUUCUUCGAGCUUUCUUGCCCCGAUUUUGCUUGUGAGUUGGCUAGACUUGACAAUGAGCUUCCACCAGGAAUAAUGGCAUCAAGGACCCGGAAGGCUGCUAUUCGGCCUGUCCUUCAAAAUUACCAGAUUCCAACUUGUUGCUGAUUUCUGGUUAGUUAUCUGGGUUAUACAUUUCCACGUCAACAAAAGAGAUUUUGGUAUAUAAGCUGCCAAUGUUUCUCAAAGUUCGAUUUUAAAUUGUAGAAUAACUCUAUUAGCCUACUUCAUUUGGAUAUUAUUUGUAAGGGGCUUUGGUUUAAUCUUGGGACUUGAGUGCAGAUAUUAACAAGCAGAUAAUGAAUUGAGAUAUUCGAUAAA